AUGUCUGGAAAUUUCGGUAUGCAGCAGCUUAUACCCAUAGUAAACAAAUUGCAAGAUGCAUUUGUUCAGAUGGGUGUACACAUGUCAUUAGAUCUUCCACAAAUUGCGGUUGUAGGUGGUCAAUCAGCAGGGAAAAGUUCGGUGUUAGAAAAUUUUGUCGGCAGGGACUUCUUGCCUCGGGGCUCUGGUAUAGUCACCCGAAGACCUCUCAUUCUACAGCUGAUACAUGGAAAUGCAGAAUAUGCGGAGUUCCUGCACUGCAAAGGCAAGAAGUUCACGGACUUCAACGAGGUGCGAGGGGAGAUCGAAGGCGAGACGGACCGUAUCACGGGCUCCAACAAAGGCAUAUCUCCCGUGCCAAUCAACUUACGAGUUUACUCACCUAAUGUACUCAACUUGACACUGAUCGAUCUUCCGGGGUUGACCAAGGUGCCCAUAGGAGACCAGCCCAUAGACAUCGAACAGCAAAUCAAAGCGAUGAUAUUCCAGUUCAUCAGACGUGAGUCCUGUCUCAUCCUCGCUGUUACCCCGGCGAACACGGAUCUGGCGAACAGCGAUGCUCUUAAACUUGCCAAAGAAGUGGACCCACAAGGUCUGCGUACAAUCGGUGUGAUAACGAAACUGGACUUGAUGGACGAAGGGACGGAUGCCCGGGAUGUCCUAGAAAACAAAUUGCUGCCGCUCCGCCGUGGAUACAUUGGCGUCGUCAACCGUUCCCAGAAGGAUAUCGACGGACGCAAAGAUAUAUCUGCCGCUCUGGCCGCUGAAAGGAAGUUUUUCCUUAGCCAUCCAUCAUACCGCCACAUCGCCGAUCGGCUAGGAACCCCAUACUUGCAGCGUGUCCUCAACCAGCAGCUAACAAACCACAUUCGAGACACUCUCCCUGGUCUCAGAGACAAGUUGCAGAAGCAGCUGCUGACUCUUGAGAAGGAUGUCGAGCAGUACAAACAUUUCCGACCUGAUGACCCGUCUAUCAAGACUAAAGCGAUGUUGCAAAUGAUCCAGCAGCUUCAGACGGAUUUCGAGAGGACGAUCGAGGGUUCGGGAUCUGCGCAGAUCAAUACCAACGAGCUGUCCGGCGGUGCCAAGAUCAACCGGCUCUUCCACGAGCGGUUCCCAUUCGAAAUCGUGAAGAUGGAGUUCGAUGAGAAGGAGCUGCGGAGGGAAAUCGCGUUUGCCAUCAGAAAUAUUCACGGUAUCAGGGUUGGCUUGUUCACACCCGACAUGGCCUUCGAGGCAAUAGUCAAGAAACAGAUAGCGCGGUUGAAGGAGCCCUCGCUAAAGUGCGUUGACCUUGUCGUACAGGAGUUGUCCAAUGUGGUCCGUGUCUGUACAGAAAGGAUGUCGCGCUAUCCGCGGCUCCGCGAAGAGACCGAGCGCAUCAUAAUGUCUCACGUGCGCUCGCGAGAGCAGCAGUGUAAAGACCAGCUGGUGCUGCUCAUAGACUGCGAGCUCGCCUACAUGAACACAAACCACGAGGACUUUAUCGGAUUCGCUAACGCACAGAAUCAGUCGGAGAACUCAACCAAAUCGGGACAUCGAGCUCUUGGAAACCAAGUGAUCAGGAAAGGGUACAUGUGCAUACACAAUUUGGGAAUCAUGAAAGGUGGUUCCCGCGACUACUGGUUCGUGCUUACGUCGGAGAGUAUUUCGUGGUUUAAGGAUGAAGAGGAACGCGAGAAGAAGUACAUGUUGCCACUGGACGGGCUCAAGUUGCGCGAUCUGGAACAAGGAUUCAUGUCCCGCCGACACAUGUUCGCACUAUUCAACCCGGAGGGCAGGAAUGUUUACAAGGAUUACAAGCAACUCGAGUUGUCGUGUGAAAACCAGGACGACGUUGACUCUUGGAAGGCGUCCUUCCUCAGAGCCGGCGUUUACCCCGAGAAGAAUUCUGAAGCGGCGAACGGCGAAGAGAGCUCAGACUCGAGCGUUACCAGCAGCAUGGACCCCCAGUUGGAGCGACAAGUGGAGACGAUCCGUAACCUAGUCGACUCGUAUAUGCGCAUCGUGACGAAGACCACGCGAGACCUCGUGCCCAAGACGAUCAUGAUGAUGAUCAUCAACAAUGCCAAAGACUUUAUAAACGGGGAGCUACUCGCACAUUUGUACGCGUCUGGCGAUCAGUCGCAAAUGAUGGAAGAAUCCCCUGAAGAGGCGCUUAAACGUGAAGAGAUGCUUCGCAUGUACCACGCAUGCAAGGAAUCUCUGCGGAUAAUCGGCGACGUAUCCAUGGCAACAGUGAGCACGCCCGUACCGCCGCCAGUUAAGAACGAUUGGCUCGAGAGUCGAUUAGACUCAAAUCCACGGUUAUCGCCGCCUUCGCCCGGCGGUCCUAGACGCGCUGCACCACAGCAACAAAGUUCGCUUGGUCAGCGUGGUGCUCCGCCUCCACCCGCGGGAGGCACUGGCCGGCCUGCGCCUCCGCUUCCCUCACGCCCUGGCGGUGCAGCCCCACCUCCACCCGGAUCACGGCCUGCUCCCGGUGGCGGCCUACCGGCUCCAUUGAUACCCACGCGACCCGGCGAUGGCGUGGCCGUAGCGAUGAGUGCGAUGAACCAAAUGCCUCCUCACAUGCGACAGCGGGUAAACCAGGCGGUCGGCCAAGCAGUGACCAACGCCGCCAUCAGCGAACUCAGCUCGGCUUUCGCGAAAUUCAACCGACCGGUGUCGAACAUGCCGCCAAAGCUGCCCGAACGACCGCAGAAUGGACGGCCAUUUUGA